AUGUUGGUAUCCAUUUUUUUGUUAGUCUUUGGACUUGCUUCGUCAGCUUUAUCGUCAUCAAAUCCAUAUCGAUACACACCGCUAGAUAUUGCUCAAUAUUCAUGUGACGCCUGGAUCAGUAACCAUAAGCCAGUGUGUUUACCACCUAAAGUUUGGGGAGGACAUAAUUAUGAUUGCUAUUGUAACUCCAAUCCUGCUUUUGCUACUAUUAUGGAUUGUUUUAUUAAUGGGUACAACAAUGAUUCCCUUAUUAUCAACGAAUUUGCUCAAACUUGUAACAUGACAUUUGAAUCAAUGUUUGUAAAGUACUAUUUAACUUUGAAUUUCAACUCAACUUUAUUAAGAAAUUUGUCAUUGGGGAAAAGAUGGGGCAACACUUUAACUGAAAACGAUUUUGCCAAAACACCAAUUUUAUACAAUUAUACUAAUGGAUCUUUUGCAGUAUACAAAGAUGUUUACAAGUUAUAUUAUUUAAACACAAACAGAUCCAUAACCUAUGGAGGCAUAUUGUUGGCAUAUUGGGGAGUUAUCUUAGUACUUGCAAUCAUAGUUAAUCUCGUCUUGAAAAUGUACUUGGGUUGUAUGAUCAAUGCAUUUAUUGGUAAAGUUGUCAACUUUUACAGAAAACAUAUUGGGUUAACACCUACAUUUUCUCGAACAAAAUCGAAAGAAGUUAGUGUCAUGGGUUGGUUCUUGCUUGGAACAAUUCCAUCAAGAUUAGAAUCUAUUAUUUUAGGAGGCUUUUUAGUUGUCACAAUUGCAGUUUGUGCAGCCAAUAUUCACCAUAUACCUAAUAACCCUAAAGAACCUUCCAUGGCUGAAGAGUUGUGUGAUUUAAUAGCAACAAGAACAGGUAUAGUUACAUUAUAUUUAGUUCCAUUGUUGGUGUUAUUCGCAGGACGCAAUAAUUUUAUGCAAUGGUUAACUGGUUGGAAGUUUUCUACUUAUAUGAUGUAUCAUAGAUGGAUUUCUCGUGUUUGCCUUGCCUUGGUGUUUAUUCAUGGCGUUACUUAUACAGUUGUUGACAAAAUAAAUGGCACAUAUGCAACCAACAUGAAAACAAAUAAUGUUAUUUGGGGUAUUGUUGCAUGCGUUUGUGGUGGAUUCAUUACCUUCUUUGGAAUGUUGAUAUUUAGAAGAAGAUAUUAUGAAUUCUUUUACAUUUUCCACUUGUUGUUGGUAGUGUUCUUUAUUGUUGGGGGUGUUAGACACGUUAUUGGUUUGGGAUAUGCAAACUACUUGUGGGCUUCAAUUGCUGUAUGGGUAUUUGAUAGAGUGAUUCGAAUUCUAAAAUUGGCAUCAUUUGGUGUUAAGAAAGCCGAUAUUGCCUUGUUGGCAAAUGAAACCAUUAAGGUCACUAUACCGAAACCUAAAAAAUGGAGACCAAAACCAGGUGGUCAUGCCUUUGUGCAUUUUCUCACACCAUCAACAUUUUGGCAAUCCCAUCCAUUUUCGUUUGUCAUUGGUGGUAAUGAUGAGGAAGAAAUUAUGUUUUAUAUUAAAGUGAAAGAUGGUAUAACAAAAACAUUGUAUAACCGUUUGAGUCAAUGCCCUGGUAAAGUUUCCACUAUGCCAGUUAUGGUCGAAGGUCCUUAUGGUGGACAUAGUCCGGGUCAAAGAUGUAGACAUUUGGUAUAUGUUGCUGGUGGUAAUGGUAUUCCUGGUCUUUAUUCUGAAUGCAUUGACGUUGAUAGAAGAGCACCUGAAAAUAAAACAAUCAAACUAGUUUGGGUUAUAAGAAAUUGGAAAUCGGUGACUUGGUUUGCUGACGAAUUGAAGAGGUUACAAAAUACACGAGUGCAAGCCAUGGUAUUUGUAACUCGACCUGACGAUUUGAGUGGAUUUGACUCAUCUAGCAAUAAGGCUUUUAAACAACUGUAUCAAUACGAAAAGGAAUCAGUUGAAAAAAUUGAAACAAAGUCUGUCGAUUUAUCAAUUUAUUCGCAUCCAAACUCAAUAGUCGAGAAUUUGCGACAAGAAUUGGCCCAUAUUGAAUUCAUUGAAGGUAAACCAUGUAUGGAUGCCAUGGUGAAAUAUGAAACAGAAAAAGCGGAUAUGUCGUUGGCCUUUAUAACUUGUGGGCAUCCAAUGAUGGUUGAUGAGUUGAGGGUUGCAGUGAAGAAAAACUUGGAUAAUACUCCACAUAGAGUAGAUUUUUUUGAACAAUUACAAGGUUGGUCUUAG